AUGGCGUUCUGCGCCGGCGCCGCCCCGGACGCCAUGGAGAAGCGGGUCAUCGCGGCGGUGAAGAGGCAUGCCCAGCCCAACGCCCAGCAGCUGUAUGCGACCAUGCAGGCCAGCCAAGGCUGCCGACCGGGCGGCGCUUGCCGGCCCGUCCAUCUUGGCGACCGACUGACGGACAAAAGGGCCAGCCCUGGCAGCUCGACCUGGAUUGUCAGCGCCGCGUGCAUCGCCAGGCCGAGGUCCUGGCGCAGGCCGAUCUGGGUGACCAUCCCCGCGGCGGACUCGUUCGAGUAUGUGUGGUGGAUGCGCGACGGUUCGCCUUGCGAGGGUAGUUAUGCAAGUGGGCCUUUCGGCCCCGAAAAGAUCACGCCAGCCCGCCAUGGCCAGCACCUUGUCCAGACCUGCGCCGGCAAGGCUGCAAUUCAGGUCGCCGACGAGCACGGCGUGGGCGUCGCCGAGGUUUGCUGCCGUAUGUACGCCGAGGUCCGCAAGGGGGAGCUCCAGAACGAGGGCGAGGCGGCCGACAAGGAGAAGAUUCUCGCGGCCCGUCCGCGCGCGCCCGCCCGCCUCAUGCCGCUGGGCUGCGAUCGAGCCUCGAGCCUCGGGCGCCUCCGCGGCGCUCCGGCCACGGGGGGUGCUCUCGGGGAGGUAGCAGCAGCGCCAGCCAGGCCCGCCCCGCAGCCCGCAGCAGCAGUAGCGGGCUCGGGCGUCCUCAGCAACAGCCCGCCGCUGGGCCAGCAGCUGGGCGCGCGGGCGUGCCGCCGUCGCCCGCCCUGCUCGAGACUAGCCGCCGUGGCCUUUGCCGCGCGGCAGGGGCUCGACGAGCUGCUCGACGGGGAAGUCACGCCCGCCACCAAGUGGGACGACCUCGGCUUCGACGACCUGGACAAGGCCCCGAGGCUCCCCAUCGCCGCGCGCGGCUGCGACGCCGGGCUGCUGCAGGCAGACCCCUCCGCCGCUGGGGUCCGCGGGCUGUCCACCCCCUCGCGCUCGCGCCGCGCUGGGCCGCAGUCCUCGCCGGCGGCGAGCUCGCCCACGCCCACGCAGGCGCUGCUCUGCGCGGACGCCUCCGGCGGCGCCAGCUACCGCGAGCAGCUGCGCGCCUCCGGCAAGCAGGCGCUGCUGCAGGUCCGCGAGGGCGCGCGCAGCGCCCCAAAGCGCGCCGAGCCGUCGCCGGUGGCGCUCGCGGACCAGAUCGCGGCGCCGCCGUUCGGAGCCGCACACGCCGCCCCCGCCGGCGCACGCACGCCGCUGACCACGCGCGGCUUCGCGGCACCGCUGGGGGGCAGCCCCUUCGCGACCGCGGCGGACCAGCAGGCACCCCUGGUCUUCGUGCACCCGGCCACCGGCGCGGCCUACGCGGGGCCCCAGGCGGCCCCGAGCCCCUUCGCGCUCGCGGACGUGCUGGCGCUGACCCCGGGGUCCGCCGGAGCGCCGGGCGUCGUGAGUUUCCACUGCCCCGGCGGCUACCAGGGGUGCGCAGUCGGCCCGCCCGCAGCCGUGCAGCACGGGGGCCGCGGCGUGCCGGCGGAGGCCCAGGGCUUCAUGGUCAUAGCGAUGGCCACCGCGCCGGCGGUUGGCAGUGGAAUGAGCCAGGGAUUGAGCGGCGAGGAGCUCGCCGCCCACUUGCGCGCGGCAGCGCCAGACAUGUACGAGGAUUGAGGCUCGCAGUCGUAGCCUCCCGCUUCCACUUCCUGGCUCCCCGCGUCGCCCCCGCGUCCCUCCACCCCAACCGCAGUGCUGGCGCGUGCGUCGCGAGGGCCUGUCAAUAGGUCUGGAGCCCUGGCUGCGCAGGUCCCAAAGGAGGUCUUGUGAGCCAGGGCCCACACAACUAAUUUUAAGCACGGUUCCUUAAGAGAAGAUCAGGGAACAGACACAUCCAUCCAGCUCGGAGGGCAGAUGAGGCCGCCAUUUCGGGCAGCCCGCCGCCCUCCCCGGAAUGGCGCGGCCCGCCUCGCUUCGGGCCUUCUUCCUCGCGUGCGCGCCCGCGCCCGGCUCCCUCGUGCUUCCUCCUCCUCCUCUCG